AGUCCUAGUCCGAGCCCUCCUCCCAAGAAUAAAAAAGGAAAGAAUAAGAAAUUAACUAGGCGUGAACUUGAAGAAGAUGAAGAUGAUACUCCUGAGCUGAGGUUUGUCCGCAGCAAGAGGAGUCCUGUCAACUCACAACCCCCAACCAAACAAUCUCGCACGACCGGCCCAAAGCUCGUAGCCCAGUCAAUUGAUCGAGCAGUGGAAUUAGAAGAUCAAGCUGAAAGCGAUAGAAUCACGAUAGCAAAGAUGAAAUUAGAACAACAUCCAAAACGUAAAGAAGCGAUGGCAAUAUUCAACGCUGAAUUCCGCAACGAACUGAAACCAGCUCACAUCAACCAAGUAGCAAACAAAUUAAAAGAGGAUGAUACAGCCUCUUUCUUCUUCCAUAUGCACAAGGAUAAUCACUGGAAUUGGUUGAAAGAGGAAGCAGGAGUAUCAGCAGAGUAUGAAUAGGGAAUCAUUCAAAUGAUUCUCUUUGUUUGUUCUUUAAAAGAAAGAUCAUUAUAAUUUAGAUAUAUGUAUUCAGAUAUAUGUAUUCUCAUAUUAUCAUUUGUAUCUUAGCACUCCAAAAUCGAUUGUACAACAAUAGCUUAACAUGAUCCUAAUCAUCUUAUUAUUAUCAUAUAAUUUUUUUAUAACAACAAUUACUCGUAAAAAUGAUUGAGAAAGUAAAAAUGAAAAUGC